CAUACAACAACAACACCAAGGGUAAAUCUGAAAAUUCAAUCAAAGUAUGUUACGUACAUAUUUUUAGAGGUGAGUAGUUAGAGAAGUACCACAAUACAGUAAGAGGCAAAUGGCAAAUGCUGAAAUGCUCAUAUACACACACAGAGACGAAAUUUAUUUUAAAAAAAAUUAAAAAUAAAAAACAUAUGUAGAACACUUGACACCACAUCCACACACACACCACACUCGAAAAAUUCCAAGUCCAGAAAAAAAAUUCCACCCCAACCAGCCAUCUGUAACAAAACAGACGCUCCCGUUCGAACUGUAGUUGUGUAGUUCCAUGUUCCAACUGUAGUUCCAUGUUCCAUUCCUAUUACAUUCUACUCAUCUCAAAGUCAAAAUAAAGUCAAAAUCCACCAUUCUGCCAUUCUUUUUAGAUUCUAUUGUUUAUCUCUGAUGAAAUGAGAGUUAGAACAGUGGUGUGUGGAUAUUUUGUGGUAAAUGGUAAUAUUUUAUAUUUUAUAUUCUCAAAAACUGGUUCUACAGUAUCAGUUCAUUUGGAUUGUUGAAAGCAAUACCUGCACUUUGAUUCACAUCAAUCAUUUGAUAAACCAGUAUCAAGAAUUUUAUGAUGACUGAAACCAUAUCCGAUGUAUUUGACGUUGCUUAUCCAAGCCCUCCAACAUUGCAACAAAUUUCAUCUAUUACAGUUGCCCUAGAAUUAUGGCGAAAUGGUAUCCGUUCAUACCACCUCCAAAACAGUCAAUUGAGCGGAUUCCAUUUGAAGUACUGUGAGGGUACUCUACUCAAAGUCAAAGGAGGACUUCCUGAUUUGCCGCAGCGAAUCUACAACAUACUGAAGGAAAGUAUCGUCACGUUUGGAAAUUCAAUCUCACAAUGGCUGGAUUACCAUUGGAACAAAGUAUUCCGUUGGUGUUAUGGUGUUCAUUACUGCUUCAUUUUGAGUCUUUUCCAUGAUUUUGCUUGGGACUGGAAUGGCACCAUUCAUUACGUUCAUACAGCCAAAAGAAUGUUGUCCUGUGAUGAAAUCUGCAAUGAACAAAAAUUCAGGAUCGCUUGUUUAUACUGCUUCAAAGAUGAUAUCAAACGAAUUUGGCCAUCUGUCAGCCCAAUGUUACGAUUAUUUGAAUGUCCGUUUUCGAGAUUUCCAGAAUUACACUACUGGAUUUGCGAUCUUGAAAACGCACUGGUUGAGGUUACAGGACACGUAAAUGAAACUAUUGAGAAGAUUAUGCUCAAGGAAUGCGGACCAAAUAACUAUACUUGUGCGGAGUAUUUUUGGAAUCGUAUGCUGAAGGAAAGGAAUUUGCGAGCACUAAUCAAACUAAAUACAAGUGCUUGGGAACUAUUCGCUAGGUAUAUUUUACAAAGAUUGAGCGAACCUCAGCUCGAAAAUUUUUUCACUGGAAGUUAUGCCGGUGAUUUAUUAUCCUCUCUAGUAAUCCAAGGAAACACUGCCACCAAAAAGCUUGUUCUUCCUACUUGGAUGUUCAUUAAAAACAAAAUAGAUACAAACAGUUUCACUUGUUUUACUCAGGAAUCACUUUGGUCAGAAACGAACCAUUUUUCACGCGACAAACAUCCAGAUUGUACAAGUACAAGUCCAGUGCAUUUGGGCUGUGAAAUAUGGAAAAGUGCUGCUGAGAAUUUGAAAAAGGCCGCUUUAGAGAAUGUGUUGCCUGAACGUAUGUGGUUUCUUAUUCUUAAAACACAUCGUUCAACCACAUGUGGAGAAAUGAGAUUCUUAACCACAGUGCUAUCAGAUGCCAGUUUCGAAGAAAGGAGUACAUUUUGGCACAAACAUUGGGCUAUUUUGAUUGUAAACGCGAAUGUCGAAGAUGUACUCGAAAUAAUGAAAUUGUGCUUCAGGAACGAGGAGGAAAUAGCUUUGUUCAAAGAACACAUGUUUCAGUAUGAAAAUAUCAAGCCAUAUCUUAUUCACAUGCUGGAAGAUGGUUGUGUUGAGCGAGCAAAUAAAUUUUUGUCAUUUUGCAAUUCGGAUGCGCGAAAAAGACUAGAAUUGAAGCAGCGUUUUUUGGAGUUGAAUUGGCAUAAUGUGGAUUAUUGUUUUUUCUGUAUCAACUUUAUAACUGAAGAUGAACGCGUUGUUUGAAGUGGAUCUGGAUACGGAUUAGAAUUAAGUUUACCAAUAUCACCAUUUGUAACCGAAGACUGUUAACUCUUAAUUAUUAUACCCUGUUUGCUUA